CCUCAAGGCUCACACCGCCGCAGCACCACCCCUCGCCGCGCCUGCCCGCGCCCCCGCAGCCCGCACCAUUCGGCCGUCGGCGUUGCUGCCGCCGCCGCACACCAGCAUGCUGCAGCGCGAGCGCGACGCCGGCCCGUCGCGCGCCAGCAGCGAAGGGCCGUCGCGCUCGCCGACCCUCUCGCUGUCGCCCUCGCCCUCGCCGGCACCGCCGUCGCCGCGCAUGCCGCAGCUGCCGCCCGACACGCCGCCGCCGCUGCGCCCCGCGCUCACCGCCGCGCCGAUGCAGCCGUCGUGGUCGCACGAGAGCAUCACGUCGCCCGCCGUCGAGCUGCCGACGUACGACGUCAAUGCGCCGCGCCUGCACCGCCGCCGCACCUCGCUGCCCGUGCACGCCGUGCCCGGUGCGGGCGGCUCGAGCAGCUCGGCGGCUGCGCCAGACGCCGUGCGCGGCGAGCGCCGCCGCUUCCGUGACUCGGUCGCAGCGGCGGCGGCGGCCGCAACCUCCACUGCCGUCGCCUCGGGCUCCAGCUCCUCGUCCACUGGCGCCGGUAUCGCGCCGGUCAAGCGCCGCCGCUCGUCGCAGGCGCCUGGCGCACGCUCGGCGUCGCGCCGCCGCUCCAACGUGCCUGCCGGUGCGCUGCGCGAGGAGGAGGACUCCACCAGCGCUGCGGACGGGCCGGCAAACGGCACGUCGUCGCGGCGCUACUCGUCGACGUACGCCGCGGGGCCCUCGGGCCGCGGUGCGCUAGACGGCAGCACGAGCUCGGACAGCACAAGCUCAGAUCGGCAGGUCUUUGACUGGGACGUGCGGCGCUCGACGGGCGCGCCCUCGCGCGAGGCUCGCGGCUCGUUUGACGACCGCAACAGCAGCGUGCGGGCACGGCGCAUGCGUGCGCAGCUCGACAAUGGCCGGCCAUCGCCGCCGCUGCGCGUCGACAGCUCGGCGCGCGGCUCGGCGGGCACCGCGAGUCCCAACGUGCAGGGGUCAUCGAGCGGCAUUGCACGCACCGCCUCGCCCGUCCCGCCAGCAGGGCAGAGCCGCCUGCAGCUGCCGGGUGCAAAUGCUGGGCGUGCAGCCGGCAAGUCUGGCCUGGCGUCGCCUGUGCUGCGCACCAGCAAGCUGGAUGGCUCGCCGGCGCACGGGACACCGCCGUCUGCUGACGCCAGCGGGCCGCCGCGCCCGCCGCGCCCAAAGAUCAAGCGGCGCCUCAACGUCGGCGCGCUGGCCGAGGGUGCGCUGAUCCUCGGUGCGGGCGCAUAUGCGUGCUGGGAGCUGGCAUCGAGUCCGUCGGCGCGGGUGCGCUCGCAUGUGCUUGAGCUCGCGUGGGUGCUCGUUGCGAGCUUUCUGUACGUCGUGCUGCGUCCGCGAGGCGAGCACGGCUUCAUCUGGUGCACCGACCAGCGCAACUUCAGAAUCAGCGACGAUGACGGCGCGCUGUGCGGCCUGGUGCUCGGGCCACUGCUGGCGACGAGUGCGCUGCUGAUGGCCGAGGAAGAUGCGGCGCACACGGUCGGACCGCGCGUGCCCUGGGGCCAGCCGUUGGCACCCUUCUGGCGCAUCGAGGAGCCGCUGCACAUCGUCUCGCACUGGCGCGCGCCGCCCGAAGGUCUCUCGGCCCUCGUCGCGGCACGCUGCAGCCUGCUGAGUCUGCAGACGCUCACGGCGACCAUCUUCCUCUGCCACCUCCUCGCGACAAAGUGGAUCCGCCGGCCGGCAGACUUUCCGCUGAGCAACUGGCGCCGCCUCGGCAGCUUCUUGGUCUUCGAGGUCGUGCUGGCCAGUCUGCUUGAGAUGGUGCGAGAGGUUGCGCUGCGCAUGGACGUGCCACUCUGGACUGAGCUGGCGCGCGGCGAGCUCUUCACGAUCGCGCUGAUCUUCCAGGGUACGCUGUACUGCAUCUCGCGCCUCGCGCGCAAGAGCUUCACGCUCGGCGAGCUCGGCAUCGUCGCUGCGAUUGGCGUGACGCUCAGCGUCGAGGCGCUCAACAUUACCAUCGCCAAGAUCUUCCCCGCCACGACGCCCUACGUCAAGACGUUCCGCCCGCCGACGCCGCUGCUGAUCUUCCAGCUGGCGCUCGUCGUCGGCGCAUACAUGGUCGGCUUCCUGCUGGCGCCGCUGCUCUACCUCUCGCGGCAUCUGGCGCAGAAGCCCGUGCACCGCCUGCGCUGGCCGCACAAGCGCGACCUGCACCGGCGUCUGCUCGCCGGCUUCUUCUACCUUUUCGCCGCGUUGUACAUCGUCGGCGUGCUCGGCAUGUGGACGCGCUGGCUGCUGGGCCGCCGCGAUCCGUGGCUCUGGACGGCGCAGUUCAUCGUGCGCGGCCGCGCCUGGUGGUCGCGCCCCGUGCUCAUCAGCUACUGGCUGCUGCUCAUUGCCGGCAGCGUCAUCAGCUGGCAGGCCGUCGUGGUGAGCGCGAAGCGCAUCCGCGUCGCGCGCUCGAACCCCAAAUCAGCCACGGAGGACGUGGGCGAGGCAGUGCCGGCAGCGCCUGCGUCCGGCAACAUGCGCGCUACGGCCGUCGGUGUCGUGCGCACCCUUGGCGGGCUGGGCACAUCCGUCGGCAAUGCCGCCUCGGCGACGGAGACGGGCACGGUGGCGCUCAAGAAGGCGGCGCAUCUGAGCCUCAAUGCGCGCCGCAAGUUCUUCCACGCCCUCGCCGUGCUGCUCUUCGUGCCGGGCAUUGCGCUGGAUCCGGCAUUUGCGCACCUCGCCUUCUCGCUGGCGUUCUCCGUCUUCAUCUUCGCCGAGUACAUCCGCUACUAUGCGCUGUACCCCUUCGGUGCCGCGCUGCACGUCUUUCUCGCCGAGUUCACCGACCACAAGGACGCCGGGCCCGUCAUCCUCAGCCACUUCUACCUGCUCACCGGCUGUGCGGCGCCGGUGUGGAUCGAAGGCUCCAAGUCUCUGACGCUGCAGAUGGGCGUGCUCGUGCUCGGCGUCGGCGAUGCGCUGGCGUCCGUCGUCGGCCGCCGCUACGGCCGCAUGUACUGGCCGGCGUCGAGCAAGACCGUCGAGGGCAGCGCUGCGUUCGUCAGCAGCAUCUUUGUCAGCGCCUGGAUGCUGCGCCUGGUCGGCUGGGUUGGCGACUUCAGCAGCAUGCGCUUUGGCGCCGCGCUCGUGCUGCUCGGCGUGCUCGAAGGCGUCUCCGAGCAGAACGACAACCUCGUGCUACCUGUGUACUCCUUCAUCGCGAUGGCACUGCUGCGCGUCUAG